GAGGGGAGGGGAGGGCGCUACUUUGUCACCGUACCUCCUCUGUGGGAGCUAUGUUAACCUUUCAAUUAGUAGUGAACGUGUUCCCUCUGAGCUGUCGCGAUUACUCAAGCACUUCAUCAAACGGCAGUUGUGGAUUACUACCGUCCUUCUGAUUAAUUCACCAUCAAAGUGACCUGCGGAUAAACGCGUUGCACUUUGUGCAGGCUGGGAGAAGAGAGAUCGCUGGGAGAAAACUUGAAGGUGCUCCAGUCAUCAUCAGGAUUGUCCAUCAGGAUCGUGUCAUCAGUUGGCUGCAUCUGUUUGCCGGAUUCCAGUUUGUGGAUAUACAAGUCCAGCCCUUUGUGGAUUUACCUUUUUGUUUGUUUGUGUGUGUGCUCGUGUGUAAGAAUCUGUGCGUGCGUGUGUGGGGGAAUCUGAGUGUGCGCUCCUGCGUGCUGCGGCGAUGUGGGUGCCUUUGUGCGGGCGUGUCUCGGGCCAGCUUUGGCGCGGCUCCGGCCCUCGCGUGUAAGCACCCAGGACUGUCAUGGAGAAGCAGCAGCAGCAGCGAACAGCGGGAACGCUGAAGCAUUCCGACAUGGACGACAUGCUCCACAAGGGCGCCAGCAAACCGAAGCGUUCCGACCAGCCAGACACGCACCACAUGUCCGGGAGUAAACCGAAGCGUUCUGAAAUGGACGACGCGCUCCGUAUGGCUGGGAGUGCGCUGAAGCAUUCCAAGCAGACGGACGCGCGCCACAAGUCCGGAAGCAAACCGAAGCGUUCCGACUCUGCUGACGACCGGCACCACCACCACGCGAAAACUGGAAGCAAACCGAAGCGUUCGGAAACGGACGAUCCACUCAGUCGCACCUCCGGGAUCGGUGGCGGUCCUCCGACGCAGCGGCGCUCUGACCCGCUGCAAGUGUCCUGGAUCUUGGAGGCAGUGCGCAAGAUCCGCAAACAGAAGCAGCGGCCGUCCGAGGAGCGCAUCUGCCACGCGGUGGGUGUGGCUAGAGGCUUGGCCCCGCCCUCGGUGUUGCAGGCCCUCUCAUUGGCCGUGGCGGAGGGCUUGGUGCUGCGUGUCACCAGCAAGGGGUGCACCUCCUACAAGGACCCAGGAGGGGGCGCCGCCACCACUAAGGGCUCUGACAAUGUAAAGCGGAAGGGCCUUGGAAUUGGGGACGGGGACACUCGUGCCCCCAAAGCAGAGAGGGCUCCUGGCGUGUCUAAAACGGAUCGGACUUCUGAUGGAGUACCCAGAUCUGAGAGGGCCUCAUCGCUAGGGGUCCCGUCUACCAAGGCGGACCGCACCGUGAAAGGGGAGCGCGUUCCGGGAUUCCCCAAGAUGGAUCGAGCGCCUGGUGGGGUGUUGGGGGCGGUUCCCAAAGCUGAGCGGCCACCUGGAGUCCCCAAAACACUCGGUGUCCCCAAAGCACCUGGCCCGGUGGCCGACCUUCGGCAGGUGGACUGGAACGGGCUGCUGCGGCGCGCGCUGGAUGGCGUUGGCACGGCGUCGGGCGCCUCUCUGCGCAGCAUGGAGCGCUACCUGCGGGCGCAGCCCGACCUGGACAGCGUGACGGCCAACCCGCGCUUCCGCCACCGCCUGCGCCUGGCCGCCAAGCGGGCCGUCAGCACCGGCAGGCUGGCCAAGGACGGGCCGCGUUACCGCUCCAGCCCCGCGGGGGGCGCCACCGGUGGUACCACCUCCACAGCUAGCAGCAGAGGGGGGCUCAGGGGCAGCAUGCUGAGGGGCAACUCGGCACCGCCACUGCCCCCCACCCUGCUGCCUCACGAGAGAAACCAGGUGCGAGCGGACCCCAUUCCCAUCUGCAGUUUCUGUCUGGGCACCAGAGAGUCCAACAGAGACAAGAGGCAAGAAGAGCUGCUCUCCUGCGCAGAAUGUGGCAGCAGUGGUCAUCCGUCCUGUCUAAAGUUCUCUCCUGGGUUGGCUGCGCGUGUGAAGGUGUUGCCGUGGCAAUGUAUCGAGUGCAAGACCUGCAGCUCCUGCCAACGCCAGGGCCGCAACGCUGAGAAGCAGAGCCAGCAGAAGUAUAAUGUAUCGUGCAUCAUGGUGCUGCCGCAGUUCCAGAGACAAGGCUACGGACGCUUCCUCAUCGAAUUCAGCUACCUGUUGUCGCGUGUGGAGGGGCGUGUGGGCUCCCCUGAGAAGCCUUUGUCUGAGCAGGGUCGCUCCGCCUACCAGGCCUACUGGAAGAACACCCUGCUGCAGACCAUACACACGUUCAACUCCUCCCACUACACAUCAAACUCCACCCACGCGGCCACAGGCCCCGCCCAUCAAACGUCAAACUCUUCCCAUCGCUCAGACGUCAAGCCAGAUGUAACAAACCACACAUCAAGCUCGGCCAAUCACCAUUCUGCCGACCCCUCCCACCAGCAGCAAGAUCACACCAAUCAGAGAGAAGAUCCCGCCCUCCAACAUCCGGACGACACCAAUCACAGUUCAGAUUCCACCAGUCAGAGUUCAGACCACAGUAGUGUGAGUUCUGACCCUGAUCAUCCCAACCUGAGCAAAGACAGUCCAACCCUCUCAUUGGAUAACGCAUCUUCCAAUAAGGAAAACCCCACUCGUCCUGCCCCUGAUGUCAUCACGCAAGGUCUCAACAUUAAAACGGAAGACUCUCCCCCAGGCCUGACCAUUAAAGCCCUGAGCACCCUGACAGGGAUGUGCCCUCACGACAUCACACACACGCUACAGGAGAUGGACUUGAUACACGUACAGGACGGACGGUGUGUGAUAGUGCGGCGUAAGCGUGCACUGGAGGAGUGUCCUGAUCGGCCCAGAGGCCCUGAGGUGGACGCAUCCUGCCUGCAGUGGAGACCCACAGCGCCGCCCCUCUGGACAGUGCCAGUAGUGCAUCGCAGUUCAAAGGGCGAAGGCAGGGCGAGGAGCAUGAUGUUUGGCGGCCGCGGUUUCGCGAGCGCCCCUGCGGUCAUGAGGAGGAGCCCCCUUACCAAGUGCCCACGCGUCGGCCGCCACACCCGGCCCCCCCACACACAUUCGGACGCACACACCAACACACACUCCUCUUCCAGCAGCGAAGAGGAGGAGCAGGAGGAAGAGGAAGACGAAGAGAAGGAGGAGUCCCUGAGCUCACACACACAUGGCCUCAAGAGAAAGCGAGAGGGCGGCAGCAAGAAGAAGCGUGGUCGACGCAGGAAGCGCAUCAACAGCAGCGUUACCACGGAGACCAUCCUGGAACGCACGGAGGUGCUGUCAGAGCCAAUGGAGAAAGAGGAGGAUGAAGAGGAAGAGGAGGAGGAGAGGAGGAGGAGGGACAGCGAAGAGGAGGAUGAAGAUGAAGAGGAGAGGAGGAGGAGGAGAAAGAAGAAGAGGAAGAAGAGGGCCCUUUCGGAGGAGAGGAGAGAGAGGAAGAAGCAGAGGGAAGGCCAGAGCAACAGCAGCAAGACUCAGCUACUCAUACAGGCCACCACCACCAUCAAGGAUGUGUGUGCUGUGCGGCGAACAGGAAGUGGGAGGGGAAUCCGCAGGAAGAAGGGCUGGCCCAAAGGCGUCAAGCGCGGACCGGCUCUCUGGAGACUCCAGAAGAGGGAGAGGGAGGCCUUACAUCAUCAGAGAGAGCUACUGCAUCAUCAGCGGGAGGAAUCACAUCAUCAACGGGAGGGGUUACAUGAUCAGGGGGCUGGGCUGUACAACCAGAGGGAGGGGCUACCGGGCUUCAAGCUCAACCUGUACACGCCCCCCGAGACGCCCCUGCACCCGGCCCCUCGCCACGAUGACGAGGAAGAGGAGGAGGAGCAAGAGGAGGAGCUGAAGAGCCGGUGCUCGGCACCGUCAUCGCCUACAGAAGAACAGCGAGCUGAAAAGGAGAGCCAGGAGAACCUCACCUCUGAGGAAGAGAACUCAGAACCAGAGGAGAACUCAGAUUCGGACGGGGAGGAGGAAGAGGAGGAGGAGGAGGAGGAAGAGAGGAGAAUAAGGGAAGAGAACAGAAGGGCAGAGGAGGAGGAAGAGAGGAGAGCGAGAAAAAGGGAGGAGGAGAGGAGGCAAAGGGUGGACGAUGACGAGAGGAGAAGAAGAAGGAGGGAGGAGGAGAGAGGAAGAAGGGAAGCAGAUGAAGAGAGGAGGAGAAGACGAAGGGAGGAGGAGAGUAGACGAAGAGACUCCAGCGCGGAACCGGAACUCCCAAGUGUGAGAGCGCAGAGAGAAGAGGAACAGCAAGGUGAGGAGGUGAGGGGUCGCGAGGAGAAAGCUCAAGAGGUGAAAGUUCAAAAGCCGUCGGGUCGUGAGGAAGAGGAGGAUGAGGAGGAGCCGACCACGGUUGCCGUGGACGACCACGAUGCAGACGACGAGGACGAGAGCCACACCCCCACAGAGGGCAGAGCGGAGCAUGACACGCUCCCAGAACACUCUAGAACUCCUCUCCCGGAACAUUCUAGAACUCCUCUGCAAGAACAUUCCAGAACUCCUCUCUCAGAACAUUCCAGAACCCCACUUUCGGGGCGUUCUAGAACUCCCCUGCUGGAACAUUCUAGAACUCCACUUUCGGAGCGUUCCAGAACCCCUGUUCCUGCCUCUCCAGACCCCGCCCACAGCCCCUCUCAGCCAACCAGCUGUGGCCGCCAGGAGUCGGACUUGGAAGGGUCAGACUCGGAAGGGGAAGCGGAGGGUGGCGAGGAUCCCCUUUGCAGUGUGCCCCCCCAGACCCCUGCCCUGUACCCUUCCGUGUGUAGCGUACCCCCCCAGACUCCUGCAAUCUACUCUUCCGUCUGCCCAGAGCUUGACCUGGAGACGGCCGCCGCCGUGCGCUCGCUUACCCUCGAUGCCGAGCGGGAGCCGCCACCCCCACCCCCGCUCCUGAACCCCCUCGAACCCGAGACCACACAUACGCCAACUCGCACCGAGUCUGAAUCGACACCCACACAUACGCACCCCGAGCCUGAGCCGACAACUGCACGUACGCACACACACCCCGAGCCAGAGCCCGCACACUACCCAGCCGAGCCAGAAGCCAGCCCGGCCGCACCGCCCCUCAGCACCACCCCCCUGCCCCUCAGCAGCCCCCUCCCUGGCCCGAGCGCCACCAUCGACAUCCGCACCCCAAACUCCCACCACAGCCACUCGCAGCCGUCCCCCGCCCCGUCCUCCCACCCGAGCCUGUCUGUGUGCUCCAUGAGCAGCCCUGCUGCCGUGUCCCUGUCUGCACUGUGUCCUCCUGAGCAGCAGGUGGCGCUGAGUACGUCGGUGGUGCUGGGCCCCGGCAGUGUUCCCAUGGACGCCAGUAGUGGUGGCAGCCCCAUGGUGGGCCCCAAUGUGGCCCUAGAGAACAGUGGUAGCAGCCCAAUGCUGUCUGGCCCCAACGCUGGCAACACCAACACCAGUAGCCCAAUGAUUGGCCCCAAUACGGGGCCUCUAGACAGUGUCAGCAGCCCUAUGCUGUCGGGCCCUAACGGGGGGCCCCUGGACAGACCUCUAGAGACCAGCGGGCCCCUGGACACCUCCAGCAGCCCCAUGCUGAGGCCUCUGGAGACCAGCGGGCCUCUGGACACCAACGCAGGGCCCUUGGAUACUAGCGGCAGUAGCCCCAUGCUCUCGGGCCCCAACGGAGGAGGGCCCUUGGACACCAGCGGGAGCAGUCCCAUGUUGUCGGAGCCGUCGGGCCCCGUGGCCCUCGACUCGGGCUUCAGCGACCUGGGCAGCAUCGAGAGCAGCAGCGAGAACUACGAGAACCCCAACAGCUACGACUCGUCGCUCUCCUCGCAGGGCUCCUGGGGUCAGCCCGGCGGGGUCAGCGUGGGCGUGGGCGCCAGCUGCGCCGUCUCCCAGCAGAUCGCGGCGGCCAACGGCGUGGUCAACGGCAACCCCAUGCUGCUGCCCCCUAGUGGCGCCACCCCGCCACAGCAGCAGCAGCAGCAGCAGCAGCAGCCGUCCUCCUGUCUGACGCCCACGCCGCAGAGCGGCCGCCAGACCCCGCACCACCACCACCACCAUCCCCACCACCACACACACGCACACGCGCACCACACACACGCGCUGGCGCAUCAUCCGUACGGCUUGCAGCAGCACCCUCGCCAUCACGCGCACUCCACCGCCGGCGGCGCUCACGCGCACGCGCACACACCUCAGCUGCAGGAGCUGCAGCCCGCGGCCACCCUGCAGCGCAAGCACGCGCACUCCCACGCGCUGGCUCACGCGCACGCGCUGGCGCAGCAGCCGGCCCUGUCGCACUGCUCCGUGGCGCCCACCUUCACGUCCUUGCAAGACGCGGCGCCGCCACCGUCAGCAGCCGCGCUGGGGCUGUACGAGCGCAAGCACACACACUCGCACCCCCACCCGCAUCCGCACGCACACUCGCACACGCUCUCUCAGCAGUCCCUGUCCACCCUGGGCCUGUACGAGCGCGUCGGAGGGGGCCAGAUGGGGGAUUUCGGAGGGGGCAACAUGGGCCACCAUCACUACCCGCCCCAGCCCUCCGCCACCUUCAGCCUGGCCAAGCUGCAGCAGCUCACCAACACGCUGAUGGAGCCGUACUCGCACACGCACUCGCACGCGCACGGACGCUCGCACGCGCACCCCAUGGGCUCCUAUUCCAACCCGCCCACUCUCGUGUCUCUGUCCCAAACGCACCCGCACCCACCCGCCGCCAACCCCCCCGCCCCGGCUCCCGCACCACAGGCGCAGCCGACCAUGACGCCACCCCCCACCAUGACCCCUCCCCCUCCGGGUCCCAUCAUGCAUCAGCAGAGGAACACUCCGACCCCCAUCAUGCAUCAGCAGAGAAACACGCCGACGCCCGUCAUGCACCAGCGGAAUACGGCGACCCCCGUCAUGCACCAGCGGAACACGCCGACUCCCGUCGUGCACCAGCAGCGGAACACGGCGACUCCCAUCAUGCAUCAGCAGCGGAACACUCCAACUCCCAUCAUGCACCAGAGAACCACGCCCACCCCUUCCGCAAACCCGUCCCCUUCCCCCACCCCAUCUUCCUCCUCCUCCUCCUCAUCGUCCUCCCAGCGGCUGCAGACCCAGCUGAGCUCCUCCAAAGUCCUGCAGCACAGCAACCCUACGCCCCCGCGGCCCACGCACACACAGACACACACACACGCGGCCCGCGCCGCACACACCCUCCCGCCGCACCCGCAGUUGCGCGCCCACGAACACGCGCACGCACACCCGCACCACCACACCAUGACCCUGCACUCCAAGAGCUCGGCCCUGCCCCAGCAGCAGGUGUACACGCACACGCACGCCCACGCACACGGCGCCGACCCCAGCCAGGCCGCCUCCCGCUCCCUGCCCCUGCUGUCCGCCGGAGGCUACGGCAUGGGAGUGGGCGUGGGCUCCGUGACCCCCCUCAACCAUCCCAUGAACUCCUACCGCAUGGCGCCGCCCUCCCUCAUCAACGGGCCGUACCACCACGGCAACCCGGCCGCCGCCUACAUGAACCAGCCCUCCCACGCCGGCGCGCCGCAGUACUCGCCCGCGCCGCCCCAGUUCUCCGCGGCGCCGCCCCAGUACUCGGUGCAGAUGAGCAUGAUGGGGCCCCAGCCCUCGCCCAUGCAGGGCGGCCCCUCCCACGGCAACAUGAUGUACGCCCCACCGCCCAGCGCUCACCACGGCUACAUGAACACGGCCGUGGCCAAGCAGACGCUGAACGCGCCCUACAUCAGGCGCUAACCCCCCCAACCCCCGCCCACACAGAGGUCACGUGGCUUGACGGAAAGUAACGACGAUAUGCUAUGGUCACAUAACUUGACAGGAUGUGAUGUACGAGGGUCGUACGACCUAAGAGGAAGUGAUAGGUCACAUGAUGACCUUCAAGGAAAUAAUGUACAGGAGUCAAAUGACUUGAACGAACAGGUGUUCCGUGGAAACAUGGAGCUGUUGUUAAACAACGUUUGUUUGCCUACUUGAGUCAGCUGACCUGGAUGGCGUGACGUCCGCUUAUCUGGGUCAUGUGCCCUUGUCACGUGACACAAGUCACAUGGUCUAUGUGAGUCACAUGGCGGUUGAGAUAUGACGUGUUAUCCACGUCGGAGUGUCCUCUGUGAACUCUCAACUGUUCCGUUAGCCUUUCCUACUCUUCUGUUACGUUUCAGUUUGCUCAGUUCUGUUGUUAUUACUGUAUUGUUUGAUUGUUGGUAUUGUUUUUUUGUUGUGUUUUAUUUUAUUGGGUGUUGCCUGAGAGAUCAGCACUUCAUAGGAAUAAAUAUGACAAUAAGAAAGAAACAAACAAAACGUUUCUAUGGCAACCGUUAAACGCGAGGCCUUAUCGACAUUUGCCCGGACGGGACAUUUUCGAGGCUGUGUCGCUUGUGUGAUGACGUCAUCUGCUGCCGCCGGCAGCGUUUCCUGGUUUCCUGUGCCCUGCUGUGAUGCGUUUCCUGGGUCCCCUUCUAUGGCUAACGGGAAGCCUGCCUUUCAAGCUAAACUAAAUUAUUGUAGAUCUGUCGUCUAUUUUUGUACAUGUAGAGAUUGGAGUGCUGUUGCAUGCCCCCUCCCACCCCCACUCCCCGUAUGACUCUUUCUGGGGGUGGGGGAAGAAUAUAUUUUUGUUAAUUUUAAUCAUGUAAUGUAAAAAAAACAACCAUUUACUCUGGUUAAUGUGUUUGAGCUUUUAAGACUUUAUUGCUAAUGAUGUAAAAUAGUUUUUAAUGAUGAUAAUGUUCUUACUCGAGGCAGCUUUCUGUUUUUAAUACAAAUGCAAAACCAGUCUGAAGUGAAGUAUCUGUUCAAAUCGGUCUCUCUCACAUACACACACAUUCACACUCACAGACACACACUCACUCCCGUGAUCAAACGAACAUGUAACAUGCACACAGUCAUUCAUAGUCGUGCGUCAGUGUGUUCUGUGCGCACUUUAAUGCGCGAUCAGCAUUUCCCUCUGUGUGUAUGCGUGAAGUUGUGCAGUCCAGUCUUGUGCCUUUCAAAUGUAUGUACUGUAUGUGUGAGUGUGUGUAUGGGUUGUGUUGUGUCCCACAGCUCACUAAUGUCCCCAAAACAUAUCCUUUAAAAGACAAAGUGUAUAAGUGUGUCCCGUAGGGCUUCCAGGUUGGUGUGUGUGUGUGUGUGUGUGUGUGUGUGUGUGUGUGUGUGUGUGUGUGUGUGUGUGUGUGUGUGUGUGUGUGUGUGUGUGUGUGUGUGUGUGUGUGUGUGUGUGUGUGUGUGUGAGAGACACACGUGUCCCCCACUGUACUUGCUCUAUACAAAUGCUGUCCAUUGUUACAAUUUGUAGCCCUCAAUAAACUAGGAACCACUGACAGACAUA